AUGGCAAUGUCACAGAGCGCCAACCUGGCUGAAAAGGCCAUGGGCCACGGUGACAACGCAGUCACUGAGCAGAACAUGACCAACCCAGCCAGAGACCGUGCGAAAUAUGGAGAUCCCUCGGAAAACAUGAAGGCUCUUGCCUGGAUGGGCAAGAACGACGUUCAAAUGAUCGAAUGCCCGAAGCCUAAAAUCCUCGAAGAUCGUGACGUAAUCCUCAAGGUCACCGGCUCCACCAUCUGCGGCUCCGACCUCCAUCUCUACCACGGCUCCGUCGUCGAGCUCCAAAAAGGCGAUAUCCUUGGCCACGAAUUCUGCGGCAAAGUCGAUAGUAUGGGACCAGGCGUCAAAGGCCUCGAGGUUGGGCAAAGGGUCGUCGCAUCCUUCCAAAUUGCCUGCGGAGAAUGCAUGUACUGCAAGAAGAAGCUGUCCUCGCAGUGUGAGCGGACGAAUAGCAACACCAUUGAGAAUGCCAUGUAUGGUGGACGAACCGCUGGAAUGUUCGGAUACAGCCAUUUUACCGGUGGAUUUGCGGGAGGACAAGCAGAAUACGUGAGGGUGCCAUUCGGUGACGUCAACCUCCUCAAGCUGCCAGACGAUGUACCAGACGAGAAGGGCUUGUACCUGUCAGAUGUUCUGGCUACGAGCUGGAACUGCGUGGUUGACACUGGCGUAAAAGAGGGAGAUGUCGUUGCCAUCUGGGGUGCCGGACCUAUUGGAGAGAUGUGUGCCGAGAUGAGCUUCACAAACGGCGCAAGCAGAGUCAUCAUGAUCGACGGCGGCAACGGAGCAUGGAGAUUAGACUUCUGCAAAGAGAAGAUACCAAAACUCGAGCUCCUCAAUUACACGGACCUACCGCACGGCACUAGCGUAACAUCACGCCUGAAGGAAAUGGAACAUGGUGGCCCCGACGUUGCUCUUGAGUGUGUCGCCGGCGAGUACGCCAAAGGCUGGGCCCACCGCUUCGAAUUGAUGGUUGGCGCCGAGACUGACACAUCAGAAAUCGUCAAUGAAAUGAUCACCUCGGUCAAGAAUUACGGCCGCUGCGGUAUCACAGGUGUCUAUGUGGGCUUCACCAACCACUUCAACAUCGGCUCGCUCAUGGAACGCGGUAUCCGCCUGAUUGGGAACGGACAAGCACCCGUGCAUCUUUACUGGGAGCAAUUGCUGCAGAUGAUCCGGGAGGGCAAAACGGAUCCUUACAAGAUGCUGACGCAUCGCGUCAAGGUUGAAGAGAUGGACGAGGUGUACAAGAUCUUCAAUGAGCGAGGUGACAAGAUGCAGAAGAUCUUUGUGGAGACGAGGUUUUCGGACCCGCCUGCGCCAGGCACGCCAGCGUUGAAAACAUUCAAGUCGUAG